AUGACUGGUAGAGGUGGUGGCGGCGGUCGCCGGGUUCUGUUGCCGCCAAUCAACUUUCUUUUCCGCCUCCUGCAACAGCGCCAGACGGUCCAGAUUUGGCUCUACGAGCAGCUAUCCAUCCGUAUUGUUGGCACUAUUCGGGGCUUCGACGAGUUCAUGAACCUUGUUAUCGACGAUGCCGUCGAGGUUAAGCAGAUCACCAAGACGAACGAUACCGAGACGAGGAGGCCGUUGGGGCAAAUUCUGCUGAAAGGCGACAACGUCUCCCUCAUCCAGAGCUUGUCUGGGUGA